UUCAACGAAUCAGCGCUCAUAGCAAAGCACCAAAAAAGCAUGAAAAAUGUGAACGCAUUCUUCAGAGACCUGAAAGUAGUAUUAAGCAAGAAUAAAAAGACAAAGAAAGAGAUGCAAGACACUACACCACCUAAUUUGAGAGCUAGAUCCAUUGACACGUACAACUCUGAUCCUACCCAACCUCAUAUACAUGCUUUACCUGCUUACAUAAGUAAACCUACAUUCCCAAUCCCUUUAAUAUCUAAAGAAGAUUUAUGGACUCCUAUGAAACUAGCAUCUACAGCAAAAACAACACUACACCUAACUUCUACAGUAAAACUAAUCCCUACUGCGUUACGAACUAAACCAAAUUACCCAUCUGUGCCAACACAUGGUAUACCAAAAUUCUAUUUCAACAAACUGUUUCAAAAACACACGUUCCCAACUCAUUUUGUGCCAACACAAUUCACUUUUCCACCAGCCAAGAGAUCUUCACAUAUUUUGAUAAAGAGCUUCCCAAAUUUUGGUCCAACGAAAUUUGGCGCUGUUAAGUUUAAUCAAGUGUACAAUUUAAGAGCUGAAGUUGAUAGUUUAACCACUAUUUAUAGUACUUUGAGUACAUCUAGUGUAAUACCAAAAGCAUUUAAUGAUACUAGUGCUUUAGCAGCGAAGCCUUUCUCUGAUAGAAGUUUACAUGCAUCUACAACCACAUUUGCCCCUAUUACUACUCCCACAACCAGCUCUGAAGCCACUACAAUCACUUCAGCACCUAAAACCUCUUUAACACCUCCGUCAACUUCAUUUCACCAUUACCCUACUUCUACAAAAACAUCUGCAACUCCGCCUCUAUCUCCAUUUACAAUUCCAAACCCUAAAUCUCCUGCCUUUGAGUCCAAAAUCGCUACUCAUGGGUCGCGGUCUUACCGAACCACUACAGACAAAUAUCUUGGCUUAUGGCAAAAAGAGAUGACGAAUUUCGCGUCUCCUCACACUUGGAAGAUUAAGCUAGCAAGUGAUGUGACAACCACAACUCAAAGAACCACGCCACGGCCGGGAUGGAAUCUCAUCCCAAUCAAACCAAUUGCUUACAACCCACAUUGGACUCCAAAUCUCCCCCCAUUUAAACCAGCCUACAACAGACGCAACCGCACACGCUAUUACGGACAAAACAGACAGAAAGACUCACGAAAGAAGAGAAAGAGACUCAAAUAUUUAAAAAGAAUAAAACAGAACUAUCCAAUGCUUCUAUUUACGACAAUAGUAAACAACUCUAGCAUUCCAAAUUUCUACGGCCAUCUACACGAUGAACCGACAGAAAAUGAUAGUGAUAUACAUACCACAUUUAAAACGACAAUCAUUAAUGGCAGUCCUGUCUAUCUGCCGGUAGAUCCAAAUGAAGGUUCUACGAUAGGUUUACUGCCCACUGCGUCGACCAAGUCUCCGAACCUUCGUUACUACGAGAUGAUGAAGGAACUAGACGAGGGAUAUAUGAUGAUAUUUCUGAUAGAACUUUGCAGAAUAAUUUCUACGAAGGAUCAGAAACAUGUCCAUGAUGUCAUUAAACAUACGGGACCUAUUAUCAAUGAGUCACACGCAAAUGGACGCCUCCACUGGAUGGGUAGCCCAUUACUAGAGAUUACAUUGAAACUAGCAAACUUUAUAUCUGAAGCACCUAUCGAUCUUACAAGAGCAUACGCAGGCAUGAUGUACCAUAUGCUACGAGCGAGGAAACAAACCCUCUCUCCCGAGGUGAACUCAAUAAUAGACUACGCUGAGUUCCUGUAUACUGAUGAAGAGGGAGAAAACCUCUUCAAUUCUCUGAGGGAAUUCGAGGCAUACCCUGAAAUAUCAAAAUCUGGCUACUUACUUUGCUCAACACUGAUAGAAAACUUUUUAAGUCCAUAUCGACGCCUCCACCAAUCGGAGCGGCGCCAAAGAUUAUUGGACUCUAUCAAUAAAGAAUUAAGGGAUAAAUUCCCACAAAUCUCGUUAAAAACAGCCGAAGGAACGAAUUCAAGGUAUAGAAUAGGAGCAGAAGAGACACGCCAUUGGCCAAAAUUCCGAGCGUUUUUAGAAUCAGACGAAUCAGGCCUCUCAACAUCAGAUUCGGAAAGCGAAAUAAAAAGAAAACUGCGUUUAAAACGAAGACUUAGAAUACAUAAUAUAAGAAAACAAGCGAAUAACGAAAUAACACACAAGUCUAGAAGACAAAUGGACAUUAAUGGAAAUAAAUACUUAGAAUUACGAAGCAUGAAACCUAUCACUAAGGCACAGAGACGUUACAAAGUCGUUACAUCGAAAUAUCAUAUGAAACGCUCCCGUAAAAGGACUACAGAGUCUUAUCCAUUUAGCCUACAACGCAGACCAACUAUAGAUGCUUUUGUUACCAUCCCAGACCUAUACCUAAACACUCCCUUUCCCUACUUCCACGAACAAAAAGACUAUUUAAACCCAGAAGAUGUAAAAGUUUACCAUAGAACCGGUGGCAAAAAGCGACGACAGCGCCGCCCUAAACAAACUAUAGAUUUCGAAAGAUUGCAGAAUUAUUACUAUCCGUUUGAAGAGUAUUUUAGACAAUCAGAGCCCGUGAGAAGUGUAAGUAGAGUUACUAAUGCGUAUUUGAAGAGGAUUGUCGAGGUUUCAAGUUAUAGUGAUGAGGAGGAUUCUUUGCAAAGGAAUUUAAAUGGAGCUCUGUUUUAUAAUGGGACGUCUGCUACUGAAACUACAUAUACUGGGUGACUGGUGAGAUACCUUCAAUAUUUGAGGACGUGAUAGUAUGCGAACAUACAUAUAUCAUGAAAUAAAAUAACAUAAAAAUGAAAUAUUAAAUAACUUCUUAGUAAACUUCGUACACAGUACACCGAGAGUCCAGUAUUUAUUUAUUUAACUGCGGAAUACUUGGACACGCGCUACCAACACAGAAUACAUAGGUACCUACACUGUACAGCUGUUGCCUACCUACACCGAGACCUAUUCAAAU